AUGAAAAAACAAAACGUUCGUACAUUAACAUUAAUUGUAAGUACAUUUUCGUAUUUGUUAGUGGGCGCAGCCAUAUUUGACGCUUUGGAAUCAAAUCAAGAAGACAAACUACGUAAACAAUAUCAAGAAGAAGAAGUUGGCAUGUUAGCUCAAUUUAAUAUAACACCCACGGAAUAUUUAGAAUUAGAAGAUGUUGUUAUUAAAUAUCAACCACAUAAAGCCGGUGCACAAUGGAAAUUUGCUGGUGCUUUUUAUUUUUCGUUAACUGUUAUUACAACAAUUGGUAAGUAUUUGAAUAUUGUACUUUUAGAUUAA